GGCGACUACAAAAGUUGAAAUUUGGGGCACCGCCUUCACUCUUAUAAGGCCCCCCAGCCACCCUCUAAUGCACUACUUUUAUACUUCUUUGACAGAAGAGUGGUUGAGGCAUGGAUAAGAGGCUUUAUGUGGCUUCUAUAGUGGGCAAUGUUGCCCUCUUGCUUGAGCUAGUGCAGGAGGAUGAGUCAAUACUAGACCAAGUGACCGAGCCGGCUAGGGACACGGCUCUGCACCUGGCGGCUAGGUUCGGACAGAUCAAUUUCGUGAAAGAGAUUGUUGGGUUUAAGCCUCAAAUGGUGUCAUUAGAGAAUCAUAGACUUGAGACGCCGGUGCACGAAGCCUCUAGGGAGGGACAUGCAGAGGUUGUGGCCCUGCUCUUGGAGAUGGAGAGCACAGUUGCUUAUAAGCUCAAUCGGGAAGACGAGAGUUGUCUGAAGCUCGCUUGUCGACGUGGUCACUUGAGUGUGGUGAAGUAUCUCUUGGAAAUCCCUUGGCUACUCAUCACAGAGCUGGGGAAGCCCUCCACUUCUCUACAUGCAGCUGUUGCAGGAGGGCACACAGAUGUGGUCCGAGAAAUUAUCAAAAUCCGGCCUGAUUUUGCCUGGGUUGUAGACAAUGAAGGGAAUUCACCCCUUCACAUUGCUUCAAGCAAAGGGCACGUAGAGAUAAGCAGAGAGCUCAUAAGGGAGAAUCCAGAUCUCUGCUUUUUCAAGGACAAAUUUGGAAGAAACCCUCUCCAUGCUGCAGCUGCUAAAGGGCGUGUUUCAGUGUUAGAUGAGAUCUUAUCAACUAAUCUUGACUGUGCUCAUAAGCUUACUAAUCAUGGUGAGAGUAUCCUCCACCUUAGUGUGAAGAACAAUCAAUUCCUGGCUCUCAAGUACUUGGUGGAGAAGCUUGAUAUCACCGAUCUCGUGAACUUGCCUGAUAUUAAUGGCAACAGCAUUUUGCAUCUCGCUACUGCCGGAAAACUCAAUAAUGCCGUAAAAUAUAUCAUCCAGCACACCAGCAUCAAUCUGAAUGCAUUGAACAACAAGGGGUUCACCGCCCUGGAUGUCGUUGAGCAUGAUAAUAGCAACUCUAGUGCCCUCCAAAUCGGAGAAACCCUGCGUAGCGCCGGUGGCAAGACUGGAGAGAACCUACCUCCAACACCCCCAGAAGUCCAGGAGCACCUUGCAGAAGCCAUCCACCAUGCUGCAGCCAAGCUUCCCUCGGAGGCCCCCAGAACAGCAUCCCCAUUGGCACGGAGGCAUCCGAAGAACCCGCACCAUGUAGAGUACCACAUCGAGGGACUAAGGAAUGCCCGGAACACAAUCACUGUGGUGGCAGUGCUAAUUGCCACUGUUACAUUCACCGCGGGAAUUAGCCCCCCUGGAGGAGUCCAACAGGAAGGGACAAAAGGAGCCACCCCUGCCGGAAAAGCCGUGAUGGCAAGAACCCUAGCCUUCAAGGUGUUCAUGGUGAGCAACCAUGUUGCCCUAUUCACUUCCUUAGGAAUUGUGGUUGUCUUAGUUAGUGUUAUACCCUUUAGGCGCAGUGCCCUGAAGAGCCUGCUAGUGCUGACUCACAAGGCCAUGUGGGCAGCUGUGUCAUUCACGGCCAUUGCCUAUGUGGCCGCAACGUGGGUCGUGUUGCCACACGAUCGGAGCAUGAGAUGGCUUUAUGUGGUCAUCGUUGUGUUGGGAGGUGGGGGCAUGGCCUCAGUGUUUAUAGGCUUAUCCAUGUUGUUAGUGAUGCAAUGGUUCAACAUAAAGGAAUGGAAGAAGGAAAACAGGGAAAUGAGAGAAUUGGGUGGGUCCCAAGGGACCCAUAAUAGCCAUAUGGCCGAUGACUGGAGCCCAUUCCCUAGGGUCAAGGGUAGCCCUUCCUUGAGUGCAGAUCUUGGGAGCACAGAGCACUCAGGUUACCUUUUGUACUAGCUCUUCAUCAAAACAGCAAUUAGUUACUUAGCUAAAAGCAUAGUAAUAGAUAAUCUUAUGUUAGGAUUGUUUAUAAUUUUUUUUUUUUUUUUUGUUGUAUUCCCUCUC